AUGAAGAUCCUCGACGCUGGCGACCAUCUGCUCUCCAACGCCGACGUCCUCGACUGGAUGAAGCGAAAGAGAGCCCAACACGCCGCUGAAGAUGCCGAAGACAAGAAGAAGGGCGUCAAGCCAGCAGUGCGGCCCUCCAACUUCAUGAGAGCCCUCAACCGCCACGAGCGUGAGCUCAAGUCCGACAACUACCCCUACGUCAAGAACCCCACCGCAUACGAAGGCACGGCGCGCCACGCUCAAUUCGAGAAAUUCGCCCUCGACGCCGAGAACGUCGUGCAGGACCACCUCGAAGCCGAGUGGAAAGACAAGCUAGCCACCAUGACGAAGGAUGAGGUCGAGAAGGUGUUCGCGCCGGAGCAAGAGAAGAAGUGUCUGACCGAGGUGGAGAUGCUCAUGGUCUACAACCACGCACCGACCUGCGUCGAGAUGCUGCAGCCGAUGAUCGAGAACGUGGAGGAGAGAUUCACCUCCGAAGAGCUGGAACUGCUGGUCGAGGUCGUCAUCAAGACGCUCCGCCCGGAUCAGGCCAUCGCGCUCCCCAAGGACCGAUAG